UAUGGAGAUGGGCUAACUCACACAAAGCCAGUGGCCAACACUGUACAUCUCUCUCACUGCACCAAGCUAUGAUUUCCAUGGAUUCUCUCUCUAACUUCAUCUCUAUACCAGCCUUGGUUCUCUCCAUAAUCCUCUCUCUCCUCUCUCUCCAAAUCCUUAAAAGAAAACUCAAUGGAAAGAAGAAGUACCAUCCAGUGGCAGGGACCAUGUUCAACCAGCUACUCAAUUUCAAUAGGGUUCAUGAUUACAUGACUGAUCUUGCUGCAAAGCACAAGACUUACAGGUUGUUAAGCCCUUUCAGGAAUGAGAUUUACACUUCAGAUCCUGCAAAUGUUGAGUACAUUCUCAAAACAAACUUUGAAAAUUAUGGCAAGGGGAUGUACAAUUACUGCAUCUUUAGGGAUCUAUUAGGUGAUGGAAUUUUCACAGUCGAUGGAGACAAAUGGCGUCAACAACGAAAAGUAUCAAGCCACGAAUUCUCCACAAAGGUAUUGCGGGAUUUUAGCAGCGUCAUCUUCCAGAGAAGUGUCGCGAAACUUGCCAAUAUCAUCUCUAAAGCUGCAACUUCCAACCAAGUCAUGGAUCUUCAAGAUCUGUAUAUGAGAUCAACCUUGGAUUCAAUAUUCAAAGUUGGGUUUGGAGUUGAACUAGACAGUAUGUGCGGAACUAGCGAAGAAGGCACCAUAUUUACCAAUGCCUUUGAUGAUUCAAGCGCAAUAACGCUUUUUCGAUUUGUUGAUGUCUUUUGGAAGAUAAAGAAAGCUUUGAGUUUAGGAGCGGAAGGCCAGUUAAAGAAAAAUGUCAAAAUCAUCAACGAGUUCGUAUACAAGUUAAUCCAAAGCAAGGCAGAGCAAAUGAAAAAGUCUCCAAAUGAAUUUUCUGCAAAGAAAGAAGACAUUUUAUCAAGGUUUCUUGGAGUGACUGAAACCGAUCCGACGUACUUACGAGACAUAAUCUUAAAUUUCAUAAUUGCUGGCAAGGACACGACAGCGACAACUCUUUCAUGGUUCACUUACGCGCUCUGCAAACAUCCGGAAAUACAGGAAAAGAUUGCACGAGAAAUAAGAGAAGCCACCGGGAUCAAAGAGGUUACAGACUAUGCCGAGUUUGCAGCAGGUAUGCGCGAAGAUGUUCUCGAAAAGAUGCAGUAUCUUCACGCGGCUUUAACUGAGACUCUCAGGCUCUACCCUGCAGUUCCAGUGGAUGCGAAGAUAUGCUUCUCGGAUGAUACACUACCGGAUGGAUUCAGUGUGAAGAAAGGGGAUAUGGUGGCUUACCAACCAUAUGCAAUGGGGAGGAUGAAAUUUUUAUGGGGUGCCGAUGCAGCGGAAUUCAGACCAGAGAGAUGGCUCGAUGAGAAUGGUAUCUUCCGGCCAGAAAGCCCUUUCAAAUUCACAGCAUUCCAGGCUGGGCCGAGAAUUUGUCUGGGAAAGGAAUUCGCUUAUAGGCAGAUGAAAAUCUUCUCGGCUGUCCUGUUGGGCUGUUUUGUGUUCAAAUUGAGCGAUCCCAAUAAACCGGUCAAUUACAGGACGAUGAUUAAUCUUCACGUUGAUGGGGGCCUCCAAAUCCGCGCCUUCCACAGAUCCAGUGUGUAAAUGCUCUGUUUGUUUCGACAGAAAAUAUUUUCCCAUGUUUGGUUAUAAUUUUAAAACUUACAUAUACUAAUUGUGGUGUUAGUAGCAGUAAAGGGGAUGAGGCAACAGUGGUAGUGUGGUUACCCAAAUAAACUCUUGUUUUUAGUCCCUAUCAAACGUCAGAAAAUAGAAACGUAUCUUUUUAAAAAUAAUUUUCUGUCGAAACAAACAAAUAGAGACGUAGUAUAAAGAUGUUGAUGUUUGUAAUUCAUUGUAUGUGUUAAGUGUGAGAGUUGGAAAGUUGGCAAGAAAAUCCAAAACUAAGUUGGACAAUAAUUGAUUAAUAUUCAUAUUGUUUGUGGCGGGCUCCA